UAAUUUUUGAUUUUCUAAUUUAUUCAUCAAGAUCAAAUUGAUGAUAUAAAAAUAAUAAACAUUUUUUUUUAAUAUUUAGUUUAAAGAUUUCUAUAGAAAUAUUAAUAAGAAUAUUUAGUUUUUCAGUUGUUAAUGAUGAUCCUAUUCGAUGCUUGACUUUGAUGGAUGAUCAAUUUCAAAAAUGGCAAAAAACAAUGUUUACUAGUUAUCAAAAUCAAGCAGCUUUAUUUAAUCGAUUAAAAAAUGAAAUGAUUGGUUUAUAUGCUAAGAUAAAUACACAAGAACAAAUAAUUAUUUCCUUAAAUCGUGAACGAUUUUUACUUGCUAAACAAAAUGCUUCACUUAAAUUAAAAUUUUCUCAAUCAAGAACAUUUUCCGAAGAAAAUAAUGAAGAUAUUGAACAACUUGAAACUCAUCAAAUGAUUAAAGACAUGGAAAAAAUGUCUAUAUCAAAUGAAAAAUUGUUAAUUGCUCAAAUGUCUUUAUUAAUGGACGAUGAUUGUAAUACACAAAUGGCUAUUGAAUAUUGUACACAUAAACUUAAGAAUUCUGAAAAUUAUCAAAUUAAAGCAAAAAAGAUAACUGUUGAUUCAGCUACAACAGCUUUAUAUCAAAGUUCUCUGGGUUCAUUACAUAAUGGUAGUCAAAAAAAUGAAACAUUGGUUUUUUAUUAUGGUCAUCAUGAUCAUCUUGAUAUAAUAGCCAAUGCUGGUUUUACUAAUGAAGAUUUUCUUUAUGGCUCAUUUGGAAAAGGUCUUUAUUUUCAUUCGACUAUAAAAAAUUUACAAGAACAAAAAAUUCAGAAAAUUCUUCUUUGUAAAGUUGCAUUAGGUCGUAUUGAACUUAUAUCUAAAUCAAAAAUAAAAUCAACUAUUACAUUAAAAAGAAAUACAGAAUAUGAUUCAGUUAAAAUAUUCGACAUGGAAAUGAUAGAUGAUAAUGAUGAUGAUGAUGAAAUAGUGAUAUUUGAUUCUCAUCUUGCUUUACCAUUAUUUAUUAUAACAUUCGAAUGA